AUGAAGAGAAUGAAAAAUUUACGCUGGAAGUCGCCACCCAUGUGGCCCUCAGGAGUGGGGAGCAGGCAGCCCUGUCCGCGGGAAUCGGCACUCCGCAGGGCAGCCAUCAGUGGCAAUGUCCUCGCACUGCCGCAGCACCAUGUCCCCACUGGCAGGAGUGUCCGGGUUUUCAUCUGCGCCAACCCCGACGACACAGAGGCAGAGAGGAAUGCACUGAAAGAGCAUGUAUAUCCCAAACUACGAGACUUCUGCAGAGAGAACUAUGGGAUUGAGUUCCAGGUGGUAGACCUGUACUGGGGGGUGGACCCAGAGGAGUGGGACAGUCCGGACCUGCAGCGUCUGAGGAUGAAACUACUAGAGGAGUGCCUCCAGACCUCCGCAGGUCCAUGUUUUGUUGGGCUGGUGGGGGAGAAGUAUGGCAGUAUCCGCGUUCCAGGGGAAGUGGAAGCUCCAGAGUUUGAGAGGAUCCUGGAUGCGGCAGUGGAGGCGGGGCUAGACACACACAUUCUGGAGGAGUGGUACUGCCGAGACGAGAAUGCCGUGCCACCAGCCUACUACCUCAAACCCAAAGCCCAGAUGUUGAAGAACUACCAGAACUCAAUGGAGUCGAGUAGUGCAGCCAAGAUGAAGAACGACAAGGCGUGGAGGAACGUGUCUGAGGAGAUCAAGAGGAUCUUCCGUAGGUCUGUCCUGCAGCUCCAGGAGAAGGGCACCAUGAAGCCCCCUCAAGCCAAGAAAUUCCUCUGCUCUGCCUUGGAGGAUGAACUGGACUUUGCCUUGGGUAAACAAACGCCAGCCUUCCUCAAGAAGUGUGUCUGCUACAUCCGCAAGAUCUCCAACUUCGACCGACAUGCCAAGCUCCCGGAGAUGGCCAAGUACAUGGACAUCGUCGUCGCUGAGGACCGCGUCAUGCGUAACCAGGAAGCCUACGAACGUCUCUUAAAAGUGCGGGAUGAGUUUAUCCCAGCAGUGGUGGCCUCGUCAAACCUCCGCGUCUACUCCUCUGUGACGCACUGCGACAUGAAGCUAGGCUACUCCCAGGAGGUGGAGAGCCACUACGUUGAAGGCUUGUGUAAACAGUUCUACGAGGAUAUGGUGGACAUCAUCCAGGCCACGGUCCAGCAGAACUUUGACACAGAGACGGACCCCCUGUACGAUGAGAUCCUCCAGCACCUGUCCCUGUGUAAGAACUUCUCUUCGUUCUACGAUUAUAAGAGCGAGACACUAGACCUGGUGCAGGAGUAUCUGCUACCGUCUAAGGAGAGUAGGAUGAGCCCUCUGGUUGUUUACGGCGGGCCAUGCACGGGGAAGACACUGCUGCUAGCUGAGGUGGCCAAACAGGCCUACACAUGGCUCCAGACAGAGAUGGGUCCUGAGACAGACCCGGUUGUCAUUGUUCGCUUUGUGGGCUCCUCCAAGUUCGCCACAAACCUGCGCACUCUCCUCCAGAGCAUCUGCGAGCAGAUAGCCAUCAACUACCGUUGCCUGAUCCACUUCUUGCCCAACAAGAUCCAGGAGAUGAGGGAGCUGCUAGUUAACCUGCUGGGGGAGCCCUCUUUCCAUCGGCCCCUGGUCAUCAUCUUGGAUGCCCUGGAACAGCUCUCGGAAGCCGACGAGGCCCGCAAGCUGUGGUGGCUCCCCGCCCACCUGCCUCGCACUGUCCGCAUCGUGGUCUCCACUUUACCCAACAAACACGGAAUCCUCCAGAAGCUCCGCUGUUUGAUUCAUGAUGAAGGGCGCUACGUAGAGCUGGUGCAGAGGGACCGUAAGGCCUGUAGUCAGAUACUGAAGCAGCAGCUGCUGGGGUUGAAGAGAAAGGUGACUUCGGGACAGCAGAUCUACGUCAAUGAAGCGCUGGCCAAGUGUACGCUUCCCAUGUUUGUCAACCUCAUUUACCAGGAGGUGGUGCAUUGGCGCUCGCACAAGGAUGUGGAUGACAAGUCACUGUGCUCCACCGUGCACGAGAGCAUCGAGCAGCUCUUCUACUCUGUGGAGAACAAGCUGGGGCAGCGGUUCGUAUUCAGGUCACUGGGAUACAUCACCAUGGCCAAUGUGGGGUUAACGGAGGUAGAGCUGGAAGAUAUUCUGUCAUUGGAUAACAGUGUGUUGGGAGAUAUCAUGGUGAGUUCAAAUCUAAAAAACCCACUGAGGAUCUCUUAUGACCUGGUGGCGAGGCUGAAAGAGGAACUGGAGGGGUACCUGCUGGAAAGGCAGGUGCAUAAUGUUACCCUGAUGAUGUGGGCCAACAGACACCUGCAACUCAUCGCCCAGAAGUUGUAUCUUAGCAACGAGGAGGAUGUGCACCAGAUGCACAGCCUCCUAGCCGAAUACUUCCUGGGGGCAUGGUCGGGAGGCAGGAAAAAGAUCUUCCACUGUGACAACAACCACUUUGCCUCGCUUAACAUCUCCCAACACAAGAAUCCACACUCCCAGCAGCCGUCCCACAAAGAAGCAUCCGCCGAGAAGUACUCCUAUGACAGGCAGACCCCCGAGCAGCCCUGGGUGUUCCAGUGCAAUCUUCUGGAGCCUGAUAUCUUCUUUGUCAACCACAGGAAGAUGACGGAGCUCCUCUACCAUCUAACUCGGAGCGGCCGCAUGGACGACCUCAUGUACGGAGUUAUCAUGAACUUCAGCUGGCUUUAUACCAUGAUCAAGAUAGGGCAGUUUGAGAAGGCAUUGACCGACAUAGAUGUAGCCUACAACUACUCCCAGGAGAAAGAACUCAAGUUUUUGGCCACCACGCUGCGCAGCAUCAAGAUCAAAGUGAUGAAGAACCCGGCAUCCCUGUCCGCAGAGCUGCAGCAGAGGCUCCUCCCUGUGGUCACCUCUUUACCCAAGCUCCAACACCUCCUCCUGGAAUGCGACAAGGACGGCCCCAAAUACUGCUCCAUUGUGCCCCUCCACUCCUCCAUGGAUGUCACCUACAGCCCUGAAAGGCUGCCGCUGUGCUCCAGCUACAUGCAGAUCGUGGAGAUCCUGCCCACCCUAGCCCCCAACAUUGUACUUGUGGCCCUGGAGGAUGGGUCUGUGAGCACAUGGGAUGUGGAGAGCAGGCAGCUCCUCCGGCAGAUAGACACGGCCCAUUCGGUUGUCCUGGGAAUCAGGCUAACCAGCGACGAGAAGUACCUGGUUGUGGCAACCACCAAGAACACGCUACUCAUAUAUGACAACCAUAAGUCUUGCUUGCUGUCCGAAGUGGACAUCAAGAACUCCAAGCACUGUGGUAUCACAGGAGGGGUGGCCUUCAUCAAUGGGUUCACCCUGUCCAGCCAUCAUGCCUUGGCCUGGCUAGAGGCCAGUAAAGAUGUCAAUGUCAUUGAUCUGCUCUACGGUUGGCCCCUCUACCUGUUCCACUGCUGGUAUGAGGUCACCUGCGUCCAAUGCUCCCCGGAUGGAAUGUAUGCCUUCUGUGGUCAGUACCUUAACACCACGUCCAUCUUCCACCUAGGGACUGGGAACAAGCUAGCUACGGUCACGUCAGAGUUCUCCGGGGGAUUUGUCAAGUCCAUCUUGGUCCUGGACACCAUUCACCAGAUGGUGAUGAUCGAUAAUGAGGGGAGCCUGUCGGUCUGGAACACCAAAGAGAUCACCAACCCCAGACUGAUGGAAGAUUAUGACUGCCGGGGGGAUGAGAACGAGGUCGUAGGCAUUGAGCUGUCAGAAGACCAGCGCUCCAUCCUCAUCUGCAAAGACAAGAGCAUUGAGGUCCUGGACACCAAGUUGUGGAAGAUGGCGGAGAAGUUCAAGGCCAAGCAUGCUGAGCGAUUCGUGGCUGCAGUCCUCUCAAAAAAUGGCCAAAGUAUUGUGGCCUCCAUGGAGAACACGUCAUCCAUAUUUGUGUGGAGGAGAGACAGUGGGCAGUGCAUGGCCAGCCUGAUUGAGAUCUCUGGGGCCAUCGUCAAACUCAUCAAGUCCAUCCACCACAACCUGCUUCUGUCUGUGGCCAGCAGUGGAGUGCUAUCAGUCUGGGACAUUGACAUCAUUACAGCCAUGUCCAACAUUGACAAAACAGGCAAGAAGAUCCAGAGCUUACAGCUUUCUGGCAGGGAGGACUUUGUGUUCACCAUGGAUGGCUCUGAAGCCAUCCACAAGUGGAACUUCAGCACAGGCUUCAUAGAGACUGUCUUCAAGCAUGAGGGCUUGGUGGAAAACUGUGUCCUGACAUCCUCUGGGGAUCUCAUGGUGACGUCGGAUGACAAGUGCAGCCAGUACAUCUGGCACACGGCCACUGGCGAAAACAUCUUUCGCAUCAACGGACAGAAGAUAUCUCAGCUCCUGAUGACCCACAAUGACCAGUUUGUGGUUUCCCUCUGCGAACAGAACUGCUCCCGAGUCUGGAGGCUGGCCACUGGACACAAGGUGUGCAACAUCCUGGUGCCCCUACAGAAUGCACUGAUCACCACCGCAAACACCUUCCUAGUGGGGAUCACAAAAAACAAGCUGCUCGCUGUUAGCCUCUGGUCAGGCAGUAUUUCCAAGAAGUUUGUCUGUGACGAUGGCAUUAGCAUUAUCAACUUCAAACUCAUCCCUGACUGCCCAGACUUUGUUGUCUUCAUCACAUCUACAGAGACUGUGUUUAUAUGGAGUGUGGCAGAUGAGUCUGUCUGCAGACGGGUCCAGCUGCCUACUAACUUCCUAAAAAAUCUGGAGGAGUUCCAAAUUUCACCAAAUGGGAAACUGGGCAUCAUCUCCAAAGGUGACGAGAACAUUAACGUGUUGGAUCUUCAUAGCGGGAAGCUGAGACUUGUCCACGCCGCCGGUAUCAUCUGGCGGCAGAAGCUGUCGAGGGACGGGCGCUAUCUGGUCUAUGUCUGCUUCCGGAACAGUGAUGAGGAUGACGAGGUGGGCGUGGUGUCCAACCUAAUCGUGAUGCGUCUGGCAGAUGGAAAGAGCAUCGGGACAUGCUCCCUCUACAAGACGCCCACCUUCCUCUGCCUGUCCCAGCGAGCGCUCAACAUCAUCAUUGGCUUCGAGGAUGGCAGCAUUGGCACCUAUACGGUGGUGGACAGGGUGGACGCCGCGCUCAAGAUCAAGAUUGCCACAUCCAACAGUCGGCAGAUCGUCAACAAUGCCUCACAAAAGAUAAGGCCCAAGUGUGGCAACCACGCCUUCAAGACCAUUGCAGACUGCUUGUGGAGGGAGUCCACCGAGGUCUUCUCACGGGAUAGCCCCAUCAACGUGUCUGACUCUGGGGAGGCUGAGACCACCAUCCCCACCAAAAAGAGCGAACUUUUGCAGUGAAAGUGGGAGAGUGGAGCAAUGGGCGAUGAUGCUAGUUAGGUGAGAUUGAGGUGGAUGUAUGAGGUUUCUCGGGGGGAUGCAGUUUACUCUUGUUUACAG